AUGGAUGCUUCAGCUCAAAGAGGGAAGGAAAGAAAAUUCUGUUAUCAUGUCAAUGCCCCAACUGAAGAAAAAAUUGACAGUAUGAAUCUUAAUGUAAAAAUUGACACUUCCUGGGUCUUCCAGGAUGUAGACGAUGCUGAUGAUAUGCCUGGGGGUCUUUCUGAAGAAGGAGCAAAAAGCUGCGAAGAUCAUACUGGGGAUCUUAGAAAACAGCUAGAAACAUCAGAGCAAAGGCUGAGAACAGCUGUUGAGAAGCAUGUAAGGUCAGAGUCUCGACUUAGAAACAGGAUUGAAGAAUUGGAGCUGUCAGAGCAGAAACUUCUUGAAAGGGUCGGUCAGCUGAAUGCCCAAGUGUACCAGGAGGAAAAUGCCUUUCUUCAAGCAAAAGAGAAACUUGAGGAGAUUCAGGAAGAACUGACAGAUCUGGUAGAAGAAACUGAAAGAGCUCGGAGGGCACAAAGAGAAAAACUUCAGCAUUUUCAAGACCAGUUGCACAGGAAAGAUGAAGAGCUGCAGAGGCUGCUUGCAACCUUUGAGCGUUAUAAGCAGAACCAAAGGCGGCAAAUGGAUGUGGUGAGAGAGCAAGAAGGCUUCCUCAAGGGCCAGGUGAUUCGCCUAGAGGAGGAAGCCCAACAACUCCGGGCAGCGACAACUUCCCUGAUGGCUGAGCUUGAAGCAGGGGGAAGCCAAGGCUUGGAUUCCCAGUCAAAGGUCCCACUGGAAAAGAGUGGAUCCAACCCUUGGUACGUUGGGGAAGAUCUGGCUGAACUCCGGGCUUUCUUAGAAGCUGGGGAGGUUCAGGCUCGGAAACAUUUGGCUUCUCUGCAGCAGAGCCUAAUGGCACUGCUUGCCAAAGAGGAGAGCAACAACCAAGAAAAAGAGGAAAUUCUGCGCCAACUCCAGGAGCACCGGGAUACAGUGCUUCACCUCCUUGUAAACAAGCUGGAGGAUUUCCAGAGUCCGAGGCCAGAGCUUCCAAGGGGAGGACUCAAAGAGCAAAGUACCAGCCUGCAAGAUGAGCCAGGAGCCAAGGAAGCUCAAGACUUAAAUAGAACCAAAGACUCUGAAGUUCUCUUCUAUUUGGAAUCACAGGCACAGAGCAAGCCCUCAUUUGUUCAGGAUGAAUUACUACCCCUCAGGUGGGAGGCGGCUCUUGAUCCCGGUAGAAACAAAGCCUGUCAAACAUCAUUUGUCAUUGAAAAUGCCAAGGGACCUGGUGUUGUUGCAGCCCUGCCAGCUGAGCAAGAAAAUGAUUGGGGCUCAUUUGGAGGCAUGAAAGGAUCAUGUACUACUCUGGAUAACUUGGAUGAAUUCCUUGAAGAAAUCAAGAUAUCUUACAGUGCACAGGGUAGUUCAGGUGGUCCCAUCUCAGAUCCAAAGAAAGUCCUUUUCUUCUUUUGUGGAUCUUCCUCAGACGAUUUAAAUGAUGAUCAUCCAUUCUCCUUUGACCAACUCAUCUUUUCAAGAGCAAUGCCAGAACCACAAAAUAAAGAGUCUUUUCCUUUCUUGGAGAAGUCCAUAAUACCUUUGUUAAUGCCUAUGGUUGUCCCUUCUUCUCCUGGGAGUCUUACUGUUCUAGAAGAUUCUUUCCAAGAAGAACCUCCUCAGAGCCAUGUGAUUCAUGAGCUCCAAUCAGUGCAUGUCUCCCAAAUCCCCAGGGAACCAAGUUGGAAUCCUAAGGAGACCCAGACCAUUACUGAUGAUCCACAAUCUCUUUUUAAAAAUGAUAUUUCCAUAAAAGACUCAAGUAUGCCUGAGGAGAUUUUUGACCAAAGUGUAGGAGCCACAGAACUUGAAUUGGAAGAAGACAAGCAAGAAAAAUGGUUUAAAAGUCAGAAUAUAUUUCCACAAAAUGGAAUAAGCAAAAAGGAAAACUUGGAGUGGGACUUGAGUGAUGGAAGCACUCUAGAUCAUGGUGUAAAAUGCCCAGAACAUUCACCAUUGCAAGAUGAAUCUUGUGAGAAUGCAAUAUUGGCCACAGAUAUAGAGAAUAGCCAAUAUUUUCUCAAAAUAAAUGAACUAGAGAAGGAAGUUGAGAAGCAUUUCCAGGGAAUGUUUGUCUUGGAGGAAGAAAAUGUGAGUUAUCGACAGAAAAUUAAGCAGUUAAAGGAAGAAAACUGGAAGUACUCUCAGCAUUUGAAAUCCUUAGAUGUGGAAGAGAAUGUUGGUACUCAUACAGCCUCAGCAGAUGCAGACGGUGGAACAGCUGUUGAUUCUUCAGAAAUAUUAGAAGGAAGGGCUGAGAAAGAUGUUAGUGAAAGUGUGAAACUUAAAAAGGGCGAGGACAUUAGAACCAUAUGUACUCCAGAGAUGGAAAAUGAAACUCAUUCUACCAAAUUGCCUGAUGUGAAUGAAGUGAUUCUAAAUUCUCAAUUGGCCAUUUGGGCAGCUGAUUUGAACAGAUUUCCCCUAAAAUGUGACGCACAAGAAAACAUGAAAGCUAGGUUUUUCCAACUAAUUUCUGACAUGCAUAAAGAGCGAAAUCAAGUUUUCCUUAAAAUAACUAAAUUACACAGAGCUCAAGAAAUAUGCAAUAAUAAAACCUAUGCAUUAGAAGAAGAAAAAGAGAUCAAUCUGAAAAGGAUAGCUGAACUUGAAAAAGAUAAGGGCAUUUUGGUAGAAAACUUGACUCAACUAAGAAAUGAACUAUACCAAUACUUGCGUUUAGUUUCAGACCUUGAAGACUGCAAUGGGAAAAAUUAUGAGAAAAUUUCUGACCUGGAAGAAGAAAAUAUGAUACUGAAGAAGAAGAUGGACAAUAUCCAAAAAGGAAUGUCAAAGAACAUUAGGGAAGCCCGGGAAAUGACUGAGCAGGUUACACGAGAAAACCAAGAACUCAAGGCGUUGAUAACUGACCUUGGAAAUGGCUACAAAGAUCUAAUUGAAGACCUAGUGCCAGGAAUACAAGAUGUGAUGCAGAGCCUAAAGGAAGAAAAUGAACAGCUUCUCCACAAAAUAGAUGUUGUAGAAGAGAAAGCCAAAGGGGAAACAAAGGAUAUUGAACGAAUAACCAAAGAGAAUAAGCAAAAUGAGCAAAUGAAAGAAAAAAUCCAGAAGUUGUUGGGCAAAGUAAACAUGGUAGACCAAGGAAUUCAGGUAACUGAAUCCUCAGGCCAACCAGCAAAACAUGAAAGAUCACCUUCAGAGGAAGCGUCUGUUUUUGCUGAAGGACAAAAGCAAUCCCCCAUGUGCAGUGAAAUGUAUCAACUCCACGUGACCAAUACAAGAAAGAAUCAAUUUAUAGUGGAAGAGAACCCUGAGAUUUCCAGUGACACUCAAGGACACAAUGAGUGUGAAAAAAAAAGAGCCGAUUUAAAAAGAAAUAAAAAAGGAAAGCGUACGUCUGAAUUCCAUAAUCAAGCACAUGAUUCACUAGCCAGUUCUUCCCAGCUCCAAGACACGAAGAACAUCACUCCAAAAAAAGAAUCCAAGACCAACAAUAAGCUUCUCCACCACCAGAUAUUAACCCUGAGGUCCCAGCUCAGAGAUCAGGCUGCCUUACACAGUGAACUUCAGGCAUCUCAAAAUGAAACUCGGUACCUUCAGGGCCAGCUGACAGAAAAGAUUGAAGAGCUCAAAAAGAGGAAAAAUGAAGUGAAUUUGGCAGUGACACCUCUCAAGGCAAAAGUUGCUUCCCUGGUGCAAAAAUGCAGGGACAGAAACAACUUGGUUGCCCAACUCGUGCAGGAACUCCACCGACAUGGAAUUGACAACCUGAAGCUCUCAGAGACAGCGAGGGCUUUGGUGGAUGAUAUUGCUGUGGCCACCUAUGCAUCUACCUUCAUGUCUUCUGACCCGAGAGAGCCAUGUCACCAAUCAGACAGCACAUCUGAGGACAUUGCCCUUGGAAAAGAUCAAACCUGUCUCCUGAGCCCAGAUAUGGCCAAUCCACUCAUUGGAUAUUUCAGUUCUGACACCUCUCCUGCUGCUGACUCUGACCCAUUACUUUGGAAAACUCACACUGGGUCUCCAAAUUUGCCUUCUGGAGUAAUGAAUAAUCCCAGAACCUGCCAGACUGGAAUGGAUGUGGGUGUGGGGCUGAUUUCUGAAAGCAUUCAGCAGGAAACACAUGAGAUCUGCAGCCUCUCCACCCCUCCAACCAAUGACCUCCCUCUGCCUUCGAAAGUAAUGAGCCCAGAGAGGAUCCUAGCCUUGCAUUGGGAACUAAGCCACAGCCGCUACAAUAAUUAUCAGACUCUGGCUGUCCCUUCUGCAUCAGCCCUCGGUGGCUCUAUGACACAGCCCAGUCUGGUGGAGCAAUGCCAGCCCACACAGACCUGUUUCUCAGAGCCUUUAACUGGUAGCUCUUUCGAGGAACAUCAAGGGCAAAAGCAAGGAUGCAAAUGGGGUUACCCAUCAUGUAGUGAGACAAAAAAUCAGCAUUCAGGGACUGAGCACUGGGGAAGCAGCCCCAGAAAUACCAUUAUGAAUAACACAUGGACCUCUGGAGACCAGCCAGAUGGCUCAACCUCCAAGACUACAGCAAAAAGCCAUUUGUCAAAUGGAUUGUCAGCAAGUAAUAAAGGCUUAAUUCCUUUGGGGAAAGACUCAGACGUGCUGGAAAGAGCAAGAUCCCUGACUAUAAAGCAAGAGGCUCCUGCUCCAGUUACAUCUCUGUGCAUCAUUAAAACAGUUGGCCAGAAGUGUUUGAUGAUUGGCUGGGAAAGGCCACUGGUGGAUGCGUUGGGUUGUAGCAAUGGGACUUUUGUUGAAGGAUAUCGGAUCUAUAUCGAUGGAAAAUUUCAUAAGUAUCUUGUGAGUUCAGCGUGUACAAAAACCCUGCUGGAGAAUCUUGACCUCUCGGUUCCCUUUAGCAUCAGUGUGCAGACUGUGGGGACUGGUGGUUUAGUUUCUGAGAAGGUGCACGUUGUGUUUAAUCACUGGGCAAACAAAGGCACUUCAUCAUCUGGAAGCAGCAUCUCCCCUGACGAGCAGACCCGGGGUAGCAGCUCUCCUGAGGUAACUGUCACCAAGUGA